CCCGGCCGGAACCAAGAGCGACAAGUUGUGGGGACCUUCAGGCGACGGCCAGGUCAGCCCUAGCCACGUCCACCCGCUACUUCCGCCCUUAGUGCCCGGCCUGGCCUUCAUGUCCACCCCUGACGUAGUUCCGCUGCGGCCGUCCCUCUCUCCCGCCUUUGGGGCCGCCUUAAAGGGCACUGUGCACAGAAGGCGGUGGGAGGCCUUAAAGGGCCAGGUCCCUAUUUCUGAGAGGAGGAAGGGGGGCCUCUAGCAGCUCUCCAAAAUGGGGGGUUCUGGGUGACCCAAGCUGAACCCCCAUUCCCUAGUGGCCCCAAUAUAUGAACACCCACAAAUCACCCCCCCAUGUGGGGCAUGGGCAGCUCCCCAAUGCCCCCCAGUUCCCCCCACUGAGAUGAUGCUCCCCCACAAAGGGAAUGCUCCAGAGGAAGAAGGGGAAGAGACCCCCCCCUUCCCCAUCACCCUGGUGACUGGCUCCAGCCAAUGGGGGUGCCUGGAUUGUUGGGGAGCACUGUGAUGUCACCAGCUUAGGGGUGUGAUUCCAGGUCAGCAAGUCAGGGGCAGCGGCAGGGCCCAGGUGGGCUCCUUGCUGAUUGGUGGAAGGCGGCAGGAGAGAGGGGAUCAUGGCCUACUGGGCGGGGGGCUGAUGGGGGUCCCCUAUGUGGGGUCCUGGGCACGCUGACCUCCCCCCUUGCCCAUCCGCUUUCUCAGGGCACUGGCUUCCCGCAGCGCACCCGCCUGCAGUCGCGCUGGCCCGCAGCCCCUGGAGCCGCGGCGGGGGGCUGGUGCCAUGCGGGGGGCCAAGGGGGCGGAGGCGGCAGGGGGCUCAACCCCCUACCUGUCAGUGAUGGACCAGUACGGCUACCAGCUGGGCCGCGUCAUUGGCCACGGCUCCUACGGCGUUGUGUAUGAGGCCUACUUCGUCAAGCAGAAGACCAAGGUGGCCGUCAAGAUCAUUUCCAAAAAGAAGGCCUCAGAGGACUACCUCAACAAGUUUCUACCCCGCGAAAUCCAGGUGAUGAAGGGGCUGCGCCACAAGCACCUGGUGAUCUUCUACCAGGCCAUCGAGACAACGUCGCGCCACUACAUCGCCAUGGAGCUGGCACCAGGUGGCGAUGUGCUGGAGCGGGUGCAGCGUGCGGGGCCCUGCGCUGAGGGCCUUGCCGGCCGCUGGUUUGCCCAGCUCGUGCUGGCUGUGGCCUACCUGCACAGCAAAAGCAUCGUGCACCGGUGCGCCCACCUGUCCCUGGCAGCCCCCAGCCCCACGGCAUUUCCAUGCCACCAGCACCCAGGUCCCCCGUCACCACCCACCUUCUGCUCCCCAGGUGCACUCCCCCACCCUGCUUCAGUACCCCAUCACCCCUUUCCAACUCACAUCUCCUUGUUCCCAUCCCUCUCAGGUGCCUCACAUCACCCCCUACCCCUAGUGCCCAUCACUGCCCUGUUCCCCAUUACCCCCGUGAUGCUCAUGGCCCGUGCCUAUACCCCCUGCCCAUUCCUGCAAUGCCCAUCACCCCCUGGUCCCUGCACCCCUUACUGGCCUGCCCUCUGCCCCUGUGCCCAUCACUAUCUCGUGCGCCAUCCAUUCCUUCCAGUGAGGCCCAUGGCCCAAGUACCCAUCACCCCCUGCCCAUUACCCUGCAGGGACCUGAAGCUGGAGAACCUGCUUCUGGACAAGCAGGAGAACAUCAAGGUGUCAGACUUCGGGUUCGCACGGGCCAUGAGCGGGGGCUCUGGGCUGGUCCUGGCUGGGGACGGGGCUGCAGCUGUGCCAGCGCUCCUGAGCCAGACCUACUGCGGUAGCUUUGCCUACGCCUGCCCUGAAAUCCUGCUGGGGAUGCCCUACGACCCCUUCCUGGCUGAUGUCUGGAGCCUGGGAGUCAUCCUUUACACACUGCUGGUCGCCCACCUGCCCUUUGAUGACACCAACCUCAAGCGCCUACUGCGUGACACCCAGCGUGAUGUCGUCUUCCCCGCCCAGCCCUCAGUGCCCGAGGACUGCAAGGACCUGAUCCAGCACCUACUGCGGGAAGCAGCCCGGCGCUUCAGCACCUUAGAGCUGCUGCAGAGCCCCUGGGUGCUGCGCUUCCAGGUUGAGCGCCCCCCAGCAGAGCUGCAUGCCCUUGAGACUGCCUGGGGAGGCCGGACAGGGACAGGGGCCAGCGGACCCCCAACAAAAGCCCCCUCAGCUGCUGGGCCGUCCGACAAGAAGAAGGUGGGCUAGUCGGGCCCCUCAAGGCCACCAAUGCUUUUGAGAAAGCCAGCUGGGGGGGAAGAC